CUUGGCCCUUUGUGCUUUGUUUCUUUUUUUUUUUUUUUUUGACACAAGUCAACUACAUUCACUCAUCAGUCACUACUCUACGGCUUGCGGCAAACCUGCCAUGUUCUCUUUACUCCUCUCCCUCCAGCGUUGCUCUCGUGCACGUUCUCCACCUUCUCUCCUCAAACUCCAUUUACCAUACCACCACUGCCUUUCCCCGUGAAUCUGCCGCUAACCACAAACGGCUCAUAUUCACCACGCGCCAUAAAACCCGCGUACGCCAACAAGCUCCUGGUAAAAGGUCAGAAGCGUAAUUUGGACAUGCGUCAGAAUACAGAAGCUCAAGGUGGACACUUGUUCCCGAAUUUAUUCAUCCCAAUCAUCCCCUAUUCCAACGCCUAGAAUCCUCUCAAUCUCAACAAUCAAAACUCCCUGUCGGGGACAACCCCAAAACACUAUCUCCAUCUAACGGUUUAAAACAUCCGAUCCAAACUCAUUAACUAAAAUUGGUUACACCAGAUUAGGUACCGUUAUUUUUUUCAUAAUUUCCAAAUUCAGGUAUAUUUUUGGAAAUUCCCUCACAUUCAGUGCAAAGGCUACUCUCAUUUUUCUCUUCUUCUACUUUAUUUGCUUGUAAGCUCACUCUGUCUCUCUUGGGCUAACUUCUUCAUGGAAUGGUAGAUUUGAGCUUCGAAAGCAUUGCAUUUGCGAGUUUCUCCUGAUCUUGCGUAAUGGGAAAAUCACCGGGAAAAUGGAUUAAAACUGUGCUUUUUGGAAAGAAAUCUUCCAAAUCUAGUUAUCCUAAAGGAAGGGAGAAGGUUGUCAAUGAAAGAGAGGUGUUGGUUGUGGCCAGGGCAUCAGAAACCAAUGUGGCUGUGUCUCCUCCCUUCUCUUCACAGCUGAAUCCAUAUGCCAAUGAGAGAGAUGAAAGGAAAUUAGAAUUGGAAAACAAGGAAGCUGCAAAUAUCUUGCAUGAUGACGGGAUAUCAGUGCCAAUGAGUCGAGGCAUAGAUUCUAAGAAGUCCGCCCUUCAAGAUACACCUUAUGAUCCUGAAAGGAUGAAGCAAGAACAGGCGGCAACCAUGGCGCAGGCUGCUUUUAGGGGUUACCUGGCUCGCCGGGCAUUCCAGGCUCUCAAAGGCAUUAUAAGGCUGCAGGCACUUAUUCGUGGUCACUUGGUUAGGAGACAAGCUAUUACUACUUUGUGCUGUAUGAUGGGAAUUGUGAAGCUACAAUCACAUGUUCGUGGAGUAAUGGCCAGACAUUCUGAUGGUGGUCUUGAAGUGCAGAAAAAAUGCAAAAUGAACCUUCUGGAGAGCAAGCUCGUGGUUUCUCUUGGAGUUAAUAUGCCUGCACGCAUUGGAAAGUUGUCUGCAAGUGCUUUUGUUCAAAAGCUUGUUGCUUCAUCACCUACUGUAAUUCCUUUGCGCCUCCGUUUUGAUGCUGGGGAACCAAAUUCAGUCUGGAACUGGUUAGAGCGCUGGUCAGCAUCCUGGUUCUGGAAACCUGUUCCUCAACCGAAGAAAACCUCUGACUCUAAAUUGCAGAGGAAGCAGGCUAAUAGUCAAGCUAUUGAAAUGGAUACAGGUCGACCAAAACGGAGUGUCCGCAGGAUUCCUCCUGCAAAUUUGGAUGGUCCUUCUCUACAAGCAACCUCUGAAUUUGAUAAGCCCAAGCAUAACCUGAGGAAAGUUGCCAGCCAUCCAGCUGAGUUAGUGCAGGAAAACCCACAAAAUGAAUUUGAAAAGGUUAAACGCAACUUGAGAAAGGUUAAUAAUCCUGUAGUAGAAAUUUCAGUGCAGCCAGAUGCUGACUUUGAGAAGCCAAAGGCAAGUUUGGAAAAGGUCUCAAGCACUAUUAAUCUUGGUAUUGUGGAACAGAGCCUAAAUAGUUCGGCUGAGAAGACAAAUAAAGAGACAUUCUUGACAGUGAAUAGUUCAGAUGAGAAGAUGAAGGAAGAGAUGGCCAUGACGGUAAAUAGCUCAGCCGAGAAGAUGAGAAAAGAAAUGGCCACAGUAAAUAGCUCAGCGGAGAAUAUGAAGGCCUUGACAAUAAAUAACUCAACUGAGAAGAUGAAGAAAGAGAAGGCUAUAACAGUAAAUAGCUCAGCUGAGAAGAUGAGACAAGAGACGGCUAUAUUAAAUAGCUCAACUGAGAAGAUGAAGAAAGAUGCGGCCUUGACUGUAAAUAAAUCAGCUGAGAAGAUGAAGAAAGAGAUCGCUGUAACAUUGAAUGGCACAGCUGAGAAGAUGAGAAAAGAGAUGACCGUGGCAGUGUCAAAAUCACCUGACAUUGAAACAGUAAAUAAAUCAGCUGAGAAGAUGAAGAAAGAGAUUGCUGUGACAUUGAAUGGCUCAGCUGAGAAGAUGAGAAAAGAGAUGACUGUGACAGUUUCAAAAUCACGGGACAUUGAAACUACGAUGGGGCCAUUAGGGAUGAAUGAGACGUCAGAUUUAUUGCAUGCUGAUCCUGCUGCUGUUGACUCGAAGCCUUUGAUAGAUAGGACAGUUAAGGAUGAGAAUACUCCCAUAAUAAAUGUGGAGAUGAACAGGAAGGACGAUUCAGCGAACAAUGAGAAUCAGAAGUCUGGUAGGAAAGCUUCUAAUCCUGCAAAACAAGAUCGCAUAGAGAAUGGGCCUCAAAGCAGUCCUGCAGUGCCAAGCUACAUGGCAGCAACUGAAUCUGCCAAGGCUAAGCUGAGACUGCAAGGCUCUCCUCGAUCUGGGCAAGAUGGAGGUGACAAAAAUAACCUCACUCGGCACCAGUCUUCGCCAUCUUCAGCCAAUAGCAAAAUCAGCUCACAGUCACCAAGGACACAGAGACCAGUUCAUGCAGGGAAAGCAGGGAGCAAAAGCGACAGAUCUAUGUUGUCAUCCAGAGAUGGAAACGCAAAGGCAACUCAAGUAGAGUGGAGGAGGUGAUCUUGUGAAAUAUUGAGAUUUGAGGAGUUAGUAUCAAGGGGUUCAAGAUUCACAUGUUAUACCUUUGGUGUAAGAUUAAUAGAAUGUGUCGUGAAACUGAAACCGUGUCUGUAGACGAAGUUGUAUGCAGGCGGCGUGCAUCUGAAAAUUUUAUGUAUUUGUGGGUGUUUGUGAGUGAGUGUAAGUCAAUUGGUUUUGAACUUUCAACAUGCCACAAUCAGCAUUGUUAUUAAAUAUCAGUUCGUUUGUUCCCAAUUUGCCUUGCUACCGAUGUUCUAUUGUUGCUAUUAUGAAAUGAAAAUUUUCAUUUCGUUCGUACCUUAUUUCGUGCAAACACAAUUAUUCUCCUCGGCAUUUGACUCAUUUACAUUACAGGUUAUUAUCGUGUCUGC